AUGUCGAACGAUAACUCUACUUGGACGUACUACCACUAUGAUCCUUCACUACCGGCAGCCUUGAUUUUCACGAUUCUGUUUGGCAUAAGCUCGCUGGUUCACACAUGUCAAAUGCUGCGUACGCGCACUUGGUGCUUCAUUCCUUUUGUGAUAGGAGGUUACUUUGAGUGUAUUGGCUACAUUGGUCGUACGCUAGGACAUUAUGAAACCCCAAAUUGGACUUUAGGACCUUACGUACUCCAAAGUCUUCUUAUUCUUGUUGCUCCUGCCUUGUUCGCUGCUUCCAUAUAUAUGGUACUGGGGAGACUUAUCCUCAUCACCAAACAUUCUGAAUAUGCCAUUGUGAAACCGCGAUGGCUAACAAGAUUCUUCGUCUCUGGGGAUGUGAUAUCUUUCCUUGUCCAAGCUGCCGGUGCCGGAAUAAUGGUCACCGGAGCGAACGGAAUGACGUUGGGUCAAGAUGUUGUGGUCGCAGGCUUGUUCAUCCAGAUCGCCUUCUUCGGACUGUUCAUCGUCACCGCUACCGUGUUCCUCUGGCGUAUGCAGCGCAACCAGUCCGCUGCCCGGCUCACUAUACCAGGGCUUCCAUGGCGAAAGCACUUGGUAGUGAUGUAUGCCGCCUCCCUCCUUAUUAUGGCGCGAUCAGUCUUCCGCGUUAUCGAGUAUAUUCAAGGAAACAACGGUUACCUGCUCCGCCACGAGGUCUUCCUCUACGUCUUCGACGGAGUCCUCAUGUUUAUGCAGAUGGUGCUCUUCAAUUUGUGCCACCCGAGCAGACUGCUAUCCACAGGAAAGACGGCCACCUUGCCGGAUGGCCAGUUGAGCAGUAUCCGUUUGCGGCCGUCCAUGGUGUAA